CCCAACCUCCACUCCCCAAUCCCGUCCCUGACAUCUUGGUUCCCCCGGCAGACAAAGAAAGGCGUGAAGAGGAAAGCAGACACCACCACUCCCACCGCCAUGGACCCCAUCCACGAGUCGUCGGCGCUGCCCGCCGAGCCCAAGGCCGCCAAGCUGGGCCCGCGGCGCGAGGGCGGGCGGCCCGCCAAGCCCCCCAAGAAGGAGGUGCCCGACUCGCAGCAGCACCCGGGCGAGGCGCGCGCCUCCAAGGCCUCGGAGCAGCUCAAGUACUGCGGCGGCAUCAUCAAGGAGAUGUUCGCCAAGAAGCACGCGGCCUACGCCUGGCCCUUCUACAAACCCGUGGACGUGGAGGCGCUGGGGCUGCACGACUACUGCGACAUCAUCAAACACCCCAUGGACCUCAGCACCAUCAAGUCCAAGCUGGAGGGCCGGGAGUACCGCGAUGCUCAGGAGUUCGCGGCCGACGUGCGGCUGAUGUUCUCCAACUGCUACAAGUACAACCCCGCCGACCACGAGGUGGUGGCCAUGGCCCGCAAGCUGCAGGACGUGUUUGAGAUGCGCUUUGUAGACCCAAAAUCAUUGGCUGGGGCUCGGCCCGAGGUGGGACCGGACCUUCUGGAGAACCUCUCCCAGCUCCGUGCCCCGUUCCCACAGCUCAAGGCCGUGCACGAGCAGCUGGCGGCGCUGUCCCAGCCCCAGCAGAACAAACCAAAGAAGAAGGAGAAGGACAAGAAGGAGAAGAAGAAGGAGAAGCACAAAAAGAAGGAGGAGCUGGAGGACGCCAAGAAGAGCAAGGCCAAGGAGCCGCCGCCCAAGAAGGCCAAGAAGAGCAACAGCAACAGCAGCGCCUCCAGCAAGAAGGAGCCGGCGCCGGUGAAGCCCAGCAAAGCCGCGCCCGCCUACGAGUCGGAGGAGGAGGAGAAGUGCAAGCCCAUGUCGUACGAGGAGAAGCGGCAGCUGAGCCUGGACAUCAACAAACUGCCCGGGGAGAAGCUGGGCCGCGUCGUGCACAUCAUCCAGUCCCGCGAGCCCUCGCUCAAGAACUCCAACCCCGACGAGAUCGAGAUCGACUUCGAGACGCUGAAGCCGUCGACGCUGCGCGAGCUCGAGCGUUACGUCACCUCCUGCCUGCGCAAGAAGAGGAAACCCCCAGGUACGGCCAAAGCCCAAAAUUUGGGGGUUUCAGCCCGAAUUUCCGGUGGUUUUAAUCCCGAGGGUUGAGGUUUGGGGAGGUUU